AGGUAUUCAGAGAUGCAAUUUGGGGUGGAUGGAACACAGUCGGAGCUGUAGUUGAGGAUUUUGGUUUUGUUAUCAUUGAUUAAGGUACAAGUACAGCAAUAUCUUAACCGGAAUUUCAUUUAAGUAAAACUCACCGUUUUACUAACUGCGUGGACAUUGGUGCGCUUCGGUACACGAAAUAAGUUGCAUUCAGACUUUCCUUGCCUAUGAGAGUAAUGAGGAGGGCGAGAUAGUUGGGUGCGGAGGAGAUUACAUGAAAGGGAGAUUCUCGUAAUGGCCCAAUGGGAAUGCUUCCCACAAUGCAUGAAGUAAGAUACAUAUCCAAGAGCUCAUCUUUCCCCCACAACAUAUGUAUGGCCAAGUUUUUCCCCUGUCAUCUCGGCUUCACUUCCUUGCUCAAUACCCUGCACGACCCGAGCAAACGUUUUUUCUCCACAAACGCCGCCAAAACCGCCUAUAAACUUAGCGACUCUGUCUCUGAGUUCAAACAAGAUUACUCCAACCUUUGUUUCAAAGGACACAUAAAAGAAGCGUAUGAGAGGUACAAAUCAGAGAUAUUUUCAGAGCCUUCUCUCUUGUCUAAUCUCAUCCAAGCAUGCAUACCCCAAAAGUCACUUUCUUUAGGAAAACAGCUCCAUUCUAUGAUAAUUACGUCUGGUUGUUACUCAGACAAGUUUGUUUCCAAUCACCUCCUUAACAUGUACUCCAAGAUUGGGGAUUUACAAACGGCUGUGACACUGUUUGAGCAUAUGUACAAGAGAAAUAUAAUGUCUUGUAACAUUUUGAUUAAUGGCUAUGUUCAAAGUUGUGAUCUGGAGAGUGCCCAGAAGGUGUUUGAUGAGAUGCCUGAUAGAAACAUCGCAACAUGGAAUGCAAUGAUUGCGGGUCUGACCCAAUUCGAGUUUAAUGAGCAGAGUUUGAGUUUCUUUUCAGAAAUGCAUCAGUUGGGGUUUUUGCCUGAUGAGUUCACUCUGGGAAGUGUGCUCAGGAGCUGUGCAGGGUUGAGAUGUUUGCAUGCUGGGCGGCAGAUUCAUGCUUAUGUGGUGAAAUGUGGGUUUGAGUUCAAUUUGGUUGUUGGGAGCUCUUUGGCUCAUAUGUAUAUGAAAUCUGGAAGCUUGGAAGGAGGUGAAAAAGUGAUUAAGUUGAUGCCAAUUCGCAAUGUGAUUGCUUGGAAUACGCUUAUUGCAGGGAAAGCUCAAAACGGGUAUCCUGAGGAAGUGCUGGAUCAGUAUAACAUGAUGAAAAUUGCAGGUUUUAGACCCGAUAAGAUUACAUUUGUGAGUGUCCUCAGCUCAUGCUCGGAACUGGCAACACUUGGACAGGGUCAGCAGAUUCAUGCUGAAGCAAUCAAAGCUGGGGCUUGUUCGGUAGUUGCUGUGGUUAGUUCGUUAAUUAGCAUGUAUUCAAGAUGUGGGUGUCUGGAAGACUCCCUGAAGGCUUUCUUGGAAUGUGAACACACGGAUGUUGUGUUGUGGAGUUCUAUGAUUGCUGCUUAUGGUUUCCAUGGGCGAGGAGAUGAAGCCAUUGAGCUGUUUGAAUACAUGGAGCAGGAAGAGAUAGAGGCAAAUGAGGUUACUUUCUUGAGCUUGCUUUAUGCUUGUAGCCACUGUGGUCUGAAAGAAAAAGGAAUCGAGUUCUUUGACAAGAUGGUGAAAAAAUAUGCCGUGGAGCCUAGACUAGAACACUAUACAUGUAUGGUUGACCUACUUGGUCGGUCUGGCUGUUUGGAGGAAGCAGAGGCCAUGAUAAGAUCAAUGCCCGUAAAAGCAGAUGUAAUCAUAUGGAAAACUUUACUAUCUGCCUGCAAAAUCCACAAGAAAGCAGACAUGGCAAAAAGGAUUGCAGAGGAAGUUAUUAGGCUUUAUCCUCAAGAUUCAGCUCCUUACGUGCUACUCUCAAACAUCCAUGCUUCUGCUAAAAGGUGGCAGGACGUUUCUGAGGUGAGGAAAGCCAUGAGAGAUAGGAUGGUGAAGAAGGAACCAGGUAUAAGUUGGCUGGAAGUGAAGAAUGCAGUUCACCAGUUUUGCAUUGGCGACAAAACCCAUCCGAAAUCAGCGGAGAUUGAUUUGUAUUUGAAAGAACUAACAUCAGAGAUGAAGUUGCGUGGUUAUGUGCCUGAUACAGCAGCUGUUUUGCAUGACAUGGACAAUGAGGAGAAAGAAUACAACUUGGCGCAUCACAGUGAGAAGUUGGCAGUUGCAUUUGCUCUAAUGAACACUCCCGCAGGUGUGCCAAUAAGGGUGAUGAAGAACUUGCGUGUAUGCAGUGAUUGCCAUGUUGCAAUAAAGUACAUAUCGGAAAUAAGAAACCGAGAAAUUAUUGUACGAGAUGCCAGUAGAUUUCACCAUUUCAAAAACGGGAAAUGUUCUUGUGGAGAUUACUGGUAAGAGGAGAUACUGUAGUUUCCUUGACAAGAUUACUUUUAAUGCAUCUCAUUUUUCCUUAGACAAUUUAUCAGCUAGAAAUUGUAUAUUCCUCCUCAUUUCUUUUGUUUUUCUCUGAGGGGUCAAAUUGUAACUUUCUUCUCAUACAUUUUUUGUAACAGAAACCACUCCAUUCAUUAGUGGAAGAGAGAAAUUUGAUUUAUAUGUGAUAAGAUCAAUCAGCAAAACAUUAGCCCCUGACAUGCGCACAUUCCAUUCAUGUUCAUUUCAGUUUAGGAAUGUACAGCUAUAGCUUUCCGUAUAUAUGUUUCUUACCUUCUCUGUAUUUAUUUCCUUAUUUGUAAGUCAACUAUAAGCGUUAAUAUAAUACAAGCUCUACUCUGUUAUCACUGUGUGAGACAGUUUA